AAAAGCUGUGCGUUCACCUCGCCCCCGGCCUGCUCUUCUCCCAGCCUCUCCCCGCCGCCCCCGCGCCCGCGCCCGGCCCGCGUCCGCCCGCGCUCCCGAACCCGGCUCCUCCGAAGCCCCCUCCGGGCCCCGCCGCCCCCCGCGGGCCUCCCGGCCCCCGCCCCUCCCCUUCGCCCCCACCCCAGCGCUGCUGCUUCGGGCUUCGCGGCUCAAAAACAACAGCGGCGGCGCCGCCAGCUCCGCGCUCCGCCACUGCCCGGGCGGGACUCGGACCCGUCGCCCUCGGUCCCGCGCGGAGCCGCGGGCGCAGCGCGCCGGCCGGCAGCGCGGGCAGCAGACCGAACACCGCGCGCCCCGCACCUCGCCGCCCGGGGGCAGCCCCGCGCCCUCCUGCCUCCGCGGCCCCCAGGGAGACUCGCUGUGACCCAGAUACUUUUGGAGGACAGAAGGAUACAGCGUGGAUUUCUGGCCCAGCGAGUUCAGAGCCUGUGUGGCGAGGUCCUUCCCUACCUGCUCAGUGCGGAGGCCUCCCGGCGUCCACAACCAGCCCCUGGUUCUGAAGCGGUUCUCCAGAGGGUUGGGGCGCUCCCAGCCAAGACUUCCCAGGAAUGUGAACCAUGUAGCAGAUAUAGAACAAACCCCAGAUGUUUGGAAACCUACUUCCUUCUGGGGCAGGAGGACGUUGUCCCUCUCCGACGCGUGGCCCCAGGGAGUGUCCAGCCGGGGGUCCGCACCCUGGAGUCGGGCUGGGGCGAGGACCUCUCGGGAGGGCGAAUGGGAGCGUGUCUGCACCUGGGCUCCGCCAAGUGCAUGGGAUGGGGGCCGUCAUCAGUUUGGUUUUGUUUUUUAACUUGGAAGAGGGAGGCUGUGGGCCAGGACCCCGGCUGGGCCUGGGAGGGAGGGCGCUGGGUGCAGCAUCCCGCCCCAAACCGGCUCUUUAAGUGCAGGAAGCCCCCAGAGACUUCGUCCCCGCGGCGCACGGUGGGCCGGGACCAAGUCUCCGCCAGUCCGCGGGGCCCCAGCCGCCGCGCGGGCCUCCGGCUGCUGCCCAGAGAGCAGCGAACGGAAUCGGUUUCCCACGCCUUCCCUCGCCAUCUCAGGACCUUAAAAAAUCCACCAACGAAUCCGGUUGUCCGCUGUGCGCUCAUCUGGAGCGCGGCGCUUGUCUGGCACCCCAGCCGCCUGCGCUGCCCUGAGCCGGGGACCCUCGCGCAACCCGCCCCGCGGGGCCGCCCGCCUGCGCACGCUGGGAGCGACCUCGUUCCGGGCCUCCAGCCCUGCGGCGCCCGCGGAGCUCCGCACGGCGGAGGUGGCGCUGCGGCCGCCCCGGAACGCUGCCCGCUUGGACGCGGCCGCCGCUUCUUGCUCCCGGUUCCCGCCGCGCGGGCCGGCCUGGCAACAACGAAAACGGCGAGCCGCGUGGCUUUCCUGGCGGCCCGGUCCCAGGAUCCGCCGGGUGGGCGUCCGCUCUCCGCCUUCCGGACCGCCACGGAGGACAGGGCGCCGGCGGGGCGCCUGCCAGCCCGGCAGACUCCCCACACAGGCUUGCGCCGGAUCCGCAUCUCCGCCCGCGAAGCCCCGUGCUUGGCCGUGGUCCCGGCCCGCACGCAGCCUGACCUCUCCGUCUGGAGGCCAAAUUUCGCCUUUGAUAUUGGGGCUCCACACACCUCAGAGGUGACCCGCAGAUGGAAUCCCACUGCGACAUAGUCUCUGCGCCCCAGUUUCCCUGUCUUUGGGGCCAGAGACUCCUGUGCCCUCACGGAUUUAUGUGGGGUCGGCGGGAUAACGGGGGAUGGAGGCCUCCAGCCCGAGGCCCCAGGGCAGCCCACCCUUCCUACACGUUUGCGAGGUGGGGUUAGGAAGUACCCGUGCGGGAGGAGCCCAAGGUCGCUCUUGAGCAGCCUGUUCCUGUCCUGCUCUCCCUGCCAACCCCUUUGCCCCUGCCACCCAUCCGGGAGCCGUCCCAGCCCAGGGCCCAUGCACCUCCUCAGAGCCCGGGCGGGGUUUUGCCCCGGCGGGUCCCUCAGCUUCCUGGGGCUCAAGAGGCAGUGAGGUUUAACAUCAGGCUCCAGUUCCCGCGGGGCAGCCACCCUGCACCCCAAAUCCCACAGAGGCUGGGCGCUGGGCCUGGCAGGGAAGGACGACAGGUGACAGGGACCCUGGUCCCAGCUGAGCUCUAGGAGGGUUCGCGCCCCCUCCCCAGCCUGCCCGGGACUCCGCGUGUUUCGGUGCUCCAGGGCCCGUGGGCGUGUCCGGGCAGGUCUGGGCGGGACCCUCCAGGCGUGACCUUGGGCUGCGUGGUCAGCCAUAACCUACCCUGCUGGGUGGCGGGGCUGGGGUUAGGGGAGCGAGGGGAGGGAAGGACCGAACAAACCUUACAGGCUGCCCCCUGCUUCUGGGCAGGACCCACAGGGGAGGGGUGAAAGGCAUGGAGGUGGUCAGGUGUCCAAGUGGAAACCUCCCCCGCGCCCGCUCCCCUUGGCGUGCUAAGCUAAACCCAUAAUGGUCAGCCAUCCGUGCAGACACAGUUCCCUGAGAUGGCAGGAGAAAGGCAGAGACCAGGACCGCCCCAGGCAGGAAAAAAUUACCUCUCCUGCUGAGUGACCCAAAGGUGAUGGGCCCGUCAGUCAACGGGGCGUCGGGGGCAGGGCCUCCUGCUCCCGCCCCAGGCACCCGAGACCCUGCAGCUCUAGGAAGAGAGUUCUGGCUCGGGUGCCGGCUGACAGGGCUUCCCCACAUGCAUGCAGGGGCUACUGAACACCUCCACCCUCCUUCCCUCCCACAUCCAGAAGUGAGGCCCCCCCAUUGCAAGAGCAUGGCUUGAGUGGCAGGACAGACCUACACACAGCCCACACCCCCUGCAGCCCAGGCAGGAGCUCUGUGUGCCAGCGUGGGGAUGUGGGUGAAGAUGGCAUGGUCCUGGGCUUGAGCAGCCCCUCAUCCAUGUCCCCCACCCCAUGAUAUCAGUGGAAUUACAAUGGGAAUGCGGGGGGAGGGUAGCAGAGGGACUCUCCCUGCACACGCUGCUUCCCUGCUCCCCCCAUGCACAUGUGCCCUGGCCACCACUCCCUGCCCAGGUCCGGUGGACAGCUAGGAGGGGGUAGUGAAGAUGGGGAGCUUUAGCUUAGCCAGCCCACCCCCACUCCCUCCGGGACCCUGGGUCACUGGCGUGCUCCUAAUGAGUGCUGGGGGCAGAGAGGUGCGGGGAAGUGGGGCAGCUGUGUGUAGGGGAAGGUAGUUAUUGGGGCACAGACUGUUGGCAGCGGGGUGCCCUGCAUCCUCUGACUCCUUUCCCAGAACCCGGUUCUGUUCCUCGAGAUUCUGAGUUGGAUUCAUGGAGGAGAGCUACCCCUCCCUGGCUGGCCACAGAGGGCAAGGAGGGGCAGGACAGGGCAGAACAGGGCUCCUGGGAACUGCAGGUCAGGCCCCACCCUCUUGACCUUGGCUGGCCCUACUCUUGCCUGGUCAGAAUGGAGGUCAGCUGGUCUCCAGGCACCUGCAAUCCGUGCUGCUCACAGGUCUGCUGCAUGGACCAGUGAACAACCCCUGAUCUCUACGGCCUGAUUUCAGCCCAGGAGGGGAGAUGGAGGGGAUGAGGGGCAACCUCCUGGGACAUCCCCAUGGCGGCAGUAACCCUUGUUGAGAGCCCAAGGCCGAGCCACCUGGCCUUCAUCUGUCUCUAUCUGCCCUUCAUUCAACAGCCAGAGCCAGCCCCAUGCGAUGGGGACCAGCAGUGAGCAAGCCACCCAGGGCCCCUGCUGCAUGGCACACGAUUUGGGAAAGGAAGCAGACUUUUUCAUGGUGGGCGGUGGGGCUCAGCAGGAUGCUGGGCACGGGGGGCAGCAGUGGCAGAAAGAGCUUCCCAGGGAGGAACUCUGCUUUUCCAUGCUAUUCCCUGGUCCGAGGCACAGAGCCCGGGUGGCACUGGGUGUCUAUGCUAAGCAGGGGAUUUGCGGGUGUCCAGCUUGCCUCCCACCCUGGACUGCAUGGCAGUGCCUAGUGACCCUCACAGCAAUCUCAUGGGGUAGGGACGGUGUAAUGAUGCUCUGGGGGGCAAGUACCUGCAGAGGCAGGAGGGUAAGACGGGCUGGCUGCACAGCCCUAUGCCAGGUGACUCACGCAGCAAGACAGCGCUCCACAGGGUGGGCGCAUGGCAGGGGCGCUGCUGCCAAGGGAUCUCUGUCUGGGACCCUUUCCUGGGUUCCAUACAGUGCCCAGAGAGUGGGCUCCAGAGGGUGCACUGGCUUGUGGUCAUCCACAUGCUCCUCACCGUGACUGAGGCACUUAUUUGCCUAUGUCCAGAAUGACUCAGCCAUUUUGGGUUCGUAUUCCCUCACAGUGCAGCUCUUUCUGGGGAGUCAGGAGCCCCCUUCCUUCCCAACACUUGCCCUCAGGGAGGCCAUCCCAGAACUUUUCUGUGGCCAUCCCCAGGGGGCAGGCUCCACACCCCAUCCAGUGGCUUUGGGGGCCCAGUUUGGGGCUAACAUGCCAAAUAAGUCAUCUGGGCUUCUAGUAAGGCAUUUCCAAUCAUAAAGUGUGUCAUUUAAAAAAUAUAUGUGUCGUUUAAGCGUGCAUAGAGCUUGGACCCCAUGGGACAUAGUUGUUCUAAUAAACACGAAUAAGCCAGUUUUCACAUUAGAGAAAUAACAGUUUCUAGUAGAAAUGUGGUGCUUUUAAAAGAGGUUAAUUAAUAAACAGCAGGUAAUUGUUCGUGGCACAUUGUGGCAGAAAGUAAUUUUCAUUUUAGAGGAUACAAGGGCCAAAUGCCCCUCCCCACUCAGCAUUUUUGUGUAAUAAUCACCUUGGCUUCACCUCUGCCUUUAAUUUUUACAGCUGGAGCUGUUUAUCAUCACUCCAACUUUCACUAGAAAGCAAAAACUAUCACUUAAACAAAGCCAUUGAAAACCCAGCAUCAUAUGUGGGUUUCUUAACAUAAAUAAAUCAUACAAACCAAGAUUUAUAUUCUCCAAAUGAUGUCAUUCAUUGAAGGCUGCCUUCCCAAUCGGAUCAGCGUUCAGUGAUUUUCCUCAUGUGUGUAGGCUUUUUUGCAGAAUAAGAAAAGCUGCCCUAGCGCCCAUGCUACUCUUUUUCUCUGCCUGGCCCAGGACAUCAGAAAGGUCUCUCCCUGGGUCAGCUGAGCAGAACUGGCUUUAAAUGGUGAAAACAGUUACAACUCUGCAGACGGCUUUAAAACUUUGCUUUUGAACCAUACGUUCUGAGGUUGAAAGUCUGCUAAAGCUUCUGGGAGAAUUUGUGCAGACCCCAGCAGAAUUGAAGAUCCUCUGGGCCCCCCAAGCCCGCAGUGAGUCUAGUGGCAGCAUAUUCACAUCGAAAUGAACGAGGAACAUGAAAAUCACCAUGAAUGGGUAAAUGAGAUGUGGUCUGUCCAUAUCCUGGAGGAAUAAUUUGGCCAUAAACAGGAAUGAAGUACUGACAUGUGCUACAACAUGAAUUAACUCAAAAACAUUUUUCUCAGUGGAAGAGGCUGGUCAUAAGAGGUCAUGUAUUGUAUGAUUCCAUUUAUGUGAAUGGAUGGGUGAAUCCAUAGAGACAGAAAACAGAUUAGUGAUUGCCAGGGCCUGGGGGCCAGGGCAGGGGGAGUGACUUAACGGGCUUGGGGCCUCAUUCUGGGAAGAUGAAAGGUGCUGGAACUAUGUAGUGGUGGUGGUUGCCCCACAUUGUAAGUGUGCUCAAUGCCACUGAAUUGUACACUUUAUUAUUUUUUUUAAUUGACAUAUAUUUGACUAUAAUAUUAUAUUGGUUUCAGGUGUACAACAUAGUGACUUGACAGUUAUAUACUCACCAGGAUAAGUAUAAUUUCUGAAUUCUACACUUUAAAAUGAUGAAUGUUAUAUGCUUAUAUCUCAAUAAAUCUAUUAUUAAGAAGUCACUACUGAGCAUGCUGGUUUAAAAAGCAUUAUGCUCAUCUUUAAAGCUUCUUUUUAAAUUUGGAGUUGAGCAUAAAGCUUGAAGAGUGUGUAAGACACACAUGCCCACCUGAGUGUGUAAGGUGAGACUGGCCCCAGCGCCAGUGAGGCCGGGAGCUUCAGAGCUCUCUGUGCAGCUCCCUUCCCUGACUGCACCCCCUGCCCACCAGCUCAGAGGGAACUGCUCCCCAGGCUUUUGUUAGCCAUCUCCUUGACUUGGUUUACAGUUUUGCCACCUAGUAAAGAUCCCUAGAACUGUGAGUCUAGCUGCAGAAGCUCGAUCAUCUUGAAAUGAGGGAGGAACCGCCAGAUCACUGCCAGUGGGCACGUGGCAUGUGAUGCCCCACCCAGCAGCUUGUUAUUUGACCACGAAAAGGAAUGAAGCACCGACAUGUGCUGCGAUAUGGACGAGCCUGAUGAGCAUCAUGCUCAGUGGAAGGAGCCAGACCCAGAGGCCACUUGCCAUCUGAUUCUGUUUAUGUGACGUGUCCUGGGUAGGCAAAUCACAGAACAGGAAAGCAGAUUGGUGGCUGCCCUGUUCUAGAAGGAAAGGCAGUGGUGUCCUGGGUUGGGGACCUGAGUCUGGCUGCAACCCUUGGACGCUGACAGGGGAUACCCAGUCGGAAGCCUGCAGGAAAACAGGGCCGGCCCGUUGCGGCACAGGCCUUUUAUUCACUCAAACAGCACAGAUUCAUUACACACCCACUGUGCGCCAGCACAGCCACAGCCUCCAAGGAUACAGCAGUGACCAAAGCCGAGAAGAGCCUCUCCUCCACCAGGAGCUCACCUCCUCACAGGGAAGGCGGCCAGAACCGAGACACACAAGAACCUGGCCAGCGGGUCUGGAAGUAUGCACGCUGCGGAGACUGACCGCAGAGGGCGGACAGGUGAGGAGUGGGCUGAGGGUGGCUGGGGGAGACCUCUCCGGGGUGGUGGCAUUCGAGCAGGUGUGAGAGAGUGAGGAGGGAGCCAUGUGGCAUCUCGGGAACAGCAUUUGGGCAAAGAACAUCCAAGGCAGAGGCCCUGAAGCAAAAGCAUCCGGUGUGGCUGGAGCAGAAGGAUGGAGGGGGGAGAGCAGUAGAAAGUCCAUGUGGAGGGGGCAGUGGGUGAGGGAGUGCAUGUCACAGUUGUAGACAGAUGGAGUCAAGUUGGUUCAUUGGCUGAUUCUCAGACAGGGAGAUAGUCUAGGAUGAUACCUGUGAGCCCUGUGGAAUCACAAGGGUCCUUACCUGUGGUAGAGGGGGGCAAAAAGAUUUAACUGGCCUUCCUUGCUGGCCUUGAAUAUGAAAGGUUGUCCUGAGCCAAGACACGAGGGUGGCCUCCAGAAUACGGGAAAGACGAGAGAAUGUAUUCUAGACCCUCCAGAAAGGAAAGUAGCCCUGCUAAUACCUUGAUUUUCUCCCAGUGGGACCCAUUUCAGAUUUCCAAUUAGCAGAACUAUAAAAUUAUAAAAUGGCUUCUUUAAGCCACCAAGUCUGUGGUAAUUUGUUACAGCAGCCACAGAAAACGAAAGAGGGAGUGGGCAGGAACUUCAUCCGUGCAUAAUCAACACAAGCCAGAUCGUGACAAGGGUCUGAGCAAGGUUCUCCCAAACUAAAGCAGAGGCUGGUAACCACAGAGAUACUGGUAAUGGUAAUUCUCACAUCUGACACCUCAGUCACUCUGCCCCAAUAUGGACUGGUUGCCCUCGGUGUCCACCCCAGGUCAUCACCUUAGGAGCUGCAUGUGUCUGCUGGAGGAUGCCUUUGGGUCUCCUGUUCCCUAGUGCAUAUAUUUUCUUGACUUACUUUCUCAUUUCGGUGAAGCACAUCCUCAAGUAACUUCUGAUAAACUGGGAGCUACAUGUUUUAGGACCUCAUGUGUCUGAAGAUGCCCUUGUUCUUCCACCAUCCCAGAAUGAUAGUUUGGCUGGGCAUAGAAUUCUAGAUCGGAGAUGUUAGUCAUCCAGAAUCUUAAGACUGCUGCCUUAUUAUCUUCUUGCUUCCAGGAUAGGUGCUGAGAAAUCCGAGAGAUUCAGUUUCCUUACGCUUCCUGUGUGAUUUCCGUUCUCAUCUUUGGGAUCUUACAGAAUCUUCUCUUUGUCCCAAAUGUCCCCCUGUUUCACAGUGACGCACCCUGGAGUGUGUCUUUUUCAUUAACUAUGGGUCUUUCAAACUGGAAGCUGUGUCCUUCAGCUCUGGGAAAUAUUCUUGAAAUACUUUGUUAUUGAUUUUCUUUCCACUGUUCUUUGUUUAUGGAAACUGAUAGGAUGAAGUUUUCUGCCCGCACCCAGAACACUCCUUGGUUCUUUCCGGGUCUGGGGUAGCCAGAACAGCUGCCCCUGUUCCUCCCGUACCAGCCUGGGUGAAGUUGGGCCUGCCCUCCUGCCUCUUGUUUGUGGGCACAUGAGGACUCAAGGGUUUGCUCAGCAAGGCUGCAGCUGUGCCUGUGGCCAGCCAGGAGGGGGCCGUGGCCAGGAGAGUGGAGGAAUCUGGUGGGUUCCCAGGCCUGGCCCAGGAAACAAGCCUUUCUCCCUAGCAAUGGGGGUGGCUGUCUUGCAUUCAGUCACUGGAAGCUCUCUGUGUCCCCUGCCACCAACUCUUUCCAGGCUGCCUCCACCACUCACCUCCACUCUUUACUGGAAAAGACUACUUUCCUCCUAGGUAAAUGCCUACCCCCAACCCCCAGCCAACCCUCAGCUGUCACUCAGAGGGUAGUCUUCUUGUCUGUCUAAUUUUCCUUUAUUCUCCAGGUCCUAGUAGACAGGGUGGCACAUGGAAGAUGAUCAAUAGUUUUGGAUGGAUGGAUGGAUGGAUAUAUGGAUGAAGAAUGGACAGACAGAUGGAUAGAUGAGUGGAAUCAUGGUAAAUGGAUGCAUGGUUGGAGAAUAGAUGGAUGUGUGGACCCCCUGCCCAAUCAACUGAGGAAACAGAGUUUAACGAUAAAAUGGAAUGAACUUGAGAAACUGAGGCCCAGCAGCAGGUGGGUGGGAGGGUGGAAUAAUUUGCUCAAGGUCAUGGUGUACAUUGGCAACAGUGCUGAGCCGGGACCCCAGACCUCUGCUGUCCACAUCCAGCUGCCCGUGGUCAUAAAUUCCACCUUGACAAGAGGUGGGAUCCAUGCUUUGUGUCUGCCUUUGGCCCCAGGGUGGAGCCCCCAGGCUCUGCUCUGAUCCUCACCUCCACUCACCUGCGCCUGUAGGAAGCAUGGUUCCCCAGUCUGUCCUUCCUGGCCUUGCGUCCCUGGGCACAGGAUCAGGAAAGGAAAGAUGAUGCCCACCUCAGAGGGUUGCUGCUCAGAACAAAUAAGAUGAUGGUCUUGCAGGGACUGGAUGGAUGGUGGUCAUGUGAGAUCGGUGUCCUGCCCCCACCAGACACUGUAUCCUUUGCUGCUUGUUCUGCCUUAAGCAUCCCCAGAGACAUCUGAAUGGCCCCUGCUCCUUGUCAUCUUCCUAAUGCUCCACUGAACAUGCUCUUCCAGUUCACUCUUAAAGAUAGGCAUGCCCCCUCCACGGCCAUGCUGAUUCCCCCGAAUGGAAUCUGGCUGGACCACUGUGUCAGAAGAAGUCUCCAGUCCAGUAUGUUCCAAGGUGGGCAGGAGGCCCGGGGAGGUGUCCUGGAGUAGCAUCCUCCAUCCAUUCACCUUUUUUGCACGCCCUCCCCCUGUCCCAACAUACAACCACACGUUUCCUGUGACGUUGGGCACAGCCAUCCCCACGGUGCGCAGCCCCACUCCACUAUGCUCCCCUUUGGGUGGGUCCUUGAAGCCGGCCUCUUAGGGCCUGGACGAGCCUCUGACCCUGUUCUGCAGAGGGAGUAACAAUGAGUCUGGCCAGGGUCCUCCUAGACCCUCCUUGGUUUGGGGUCUUGGGACCACCCCUGAGGGACAACUCAGGCUGUCUUCCUAUAACCAGGCACUGUGGCAUGGGCUGGGGCUGUCUUCAGCUGUGGGCUCUGCUGGGCAUUGCACACCUGCCCCAUGGGCUUUGGCCUUACAGGGGACUUCAUGACCCACAACGGUUCCCUGUGGAGUGGCCUUGGGCUUUCUGUAAAUGAAGCGUUGCACGAACAGCUGCCCUGGGCUCUGGGGUUUUUAUGGGUUUGCCUUAAAGAUUUUAUUUCCAGAAAAAACCAAAAGCAAUUAAUCCAAAUUACAGAGUAGUCAUUUAUAAUAAUAUUUGCUUUAAAUAUAUGUAUUUUCAAAAACCCCUAAGCUGUGAGCCUCCAGUGAGUUUGAGGUGAAGGACACCUUGAAAUAAUUACAUUUUUUGCUCAUUUUAUGUUGUGAAAAUGGCUUAGUCGAUUUGGGAGAAAAUUGUAAAAUAGUCAGCUGACUCCCUUAUAAAGGCAACGUUAUUUUUUUUUUCUUCGAACUCUGCCAGAAUAACCACACUGUGAUCGUUUACCCUCAUGCCUCAAAGGUAGACUUCUUCCAAAGGUGCCCCAAAUGUUGGGCCAGCUGCCUGUCACCUCAACCCUGGCCAGCAAAAGAGUGACGCCCCUCCCAGAAGUACACCUGGUGAGUGGCAUUUCCCAGUGUCCAAUGUCCAGCAUGAUGGGGCCCACGUGCUGGCGGACAAGCCAGCCACACCUCUUGGGUGGAUGGGAGGGAGGGGACCGAUGGUUCACCUGUCCCCUCUGUCUUGGUGAUGACUGGGGACCUUGCAUGAGUCCAGCCCGGCCCACCUCAGACCCUCUAGCCAAUGAGCAUGCCUGAUGCGAGGCUUAGAUGCUUGGAAAAUGGGAAUUCACUAAAGGAUUAAAUCAUGCUCCAUACAACGGAACGCUCAGCUGUGCUGGGUCAGGAUGCCUGGUUCUGGGGCCAGGGCGGCCACUGAGUAUCCAGGGACCUUCCCUUCCAUUCCCCAGACUUUUCAUCAUCCAAUGGCUCCUCCCCACAUACCCGAUUUGUCCGUAAGUUCUCCCCGUACUUGACUUGUCUUUUCAUUUUCUUAGCAGUGACUUAUGAGGAAGAAACUUUGUAAUUUGAUCAAUACUAUUUUCUUUUCAUUUAUAACUUGUGCUUAUGUUUCUGUCUUGUUUUAAAAAUCUUUCCCUAACCUAAAGUCACCAAAUUUUCUAUUAUGCUUUAUCUGAAAGUUUUAAUUUUAAUUUUAAUUUUUGAAUCUGGAAUCUGCUUUGAGUUCACUUUCUUUAGGGUUUUUUUGUUUUUGUUUUCUUUUCUUUUGUUUUUUGGUCUGGUGUGAGCUACGGGUCGAAAUUUAUUUCUUUGCAUCAGUGUCCAAUUAUUCAGCAUCAUUUGUUGAAAAUUCAAUGAUUUCCCCCAUUCAGUUGCCUUGGCAACCUUGUCAAAAAUUAAUUGACCAAAUAGGUGUGGGUCUAUUUGUGAAUUCUCUGUUCUGUUGACCUGUGUAUUUAUUCUUUUGCUAAUACCACACUGUCUUGAUUACUCUAGCUUUAUAAUAAGUCUUAAGAUUGUAAUGUAAGUUUUUUUAACUUUUCUCUUCUUUUCCAAAAUUGGUUAGGCUAUUUAAGGUUCUCUGUGUCUCCACAUAAAUAUUAACACUAGCUUGUCAAUUUCUAUAAGACAACAUUCUGGAAUUUUUUUAAUUGCUAUUGCAUUGAAUCCAUAGAUCAAUUUCAGGAAAAUUGUCCUUCUACUAGCAAUGAACACUCUACUCCAUGAACAUGGUAUAUCUCUCAAUAUUAUAUAUUUAGAUCUUUAAUCUCUAAAACUCAAUAUUUGGUAGUUUUUAGUUAAAUUAAUUGCUAAAUUUCUAUUUUUUUUUCUAUUGUGUUUUUUAAAAUUUCAAUUUCCAAUUGUUCAUUGCUGGCAUGUAGAAAUCCAAUUAAUGUUUGUACAUUGGACUUUUGUACAUUGUAAUCUUACUAAACUCACUUACUAGGCCUUUUUUGUAGUUUCUUUGGAUUUCCUGAAUAGACAAACAUAUAUCUGCACCCAUUUCUUAGGUUAGCAUUGGUAGUUUGUCUUUUUCAAGAAAUGUAUCCCUUUCACGUUAGUUUUCAAAUGAACUGGUGCACAGUUGCUCAUAACAUUCCCUUAAUGCCCUUUUACAGUUUAUAGGCUUGGUAGCUAUGUCUCCUCUUUCAUUUCUGACUUUGGUAAUUUGUAUACUCUCCCUUGCUGAUCAGUCUGACUUUUGAGUUUCUAGUGGUUCUUCUCUAUAAUUUUCUUGUUUUCUAUUUCAUUUAUCUUCGGUCUUUAUUAUCUUGUUCUGCUUACUUUGGGUUUAAUUUUUCUUCUAUUUAUGUCUCCUUCAGGAGGGAGCAUAUAUUAUUGAUCUGAAAUUUUUCUUCUUUUCUAGUAUAAGAAUUUAACAUUACAAGUUGUCCUCUAAGCACUGCUAAAUUGUAUCCUACAAGUUUCAAAAUAUCGUAUUUUCAUUUUUAUUCAGUUGAAAAUAUUUUCUAAUUUCCUCUGUGAUAUUUUUCUGAGCCAUGAAUGACUUAGAAGUGUGUUGGUUAGUUUCCAAAUAUUUGGGGACUUCCAAACACUGCCUGUUAUUGAUUUCUAGUUUAAUUCUCUUAGAGUAAAAACAAGCACACUUUCUAUGAUUUCAGUCCUUUUUAAUGUAUUGAGGCUUGUUUUAUGUCUCAAAAUAUGGUCUCUCUUGAUGACUUUCAUGUACACAUGGAAAGAAUGUAUAUUUUGCUGUUGUUAGGUAUGUAUAUAUGUAGAAUCACUAUGUUCUCUUGAAGAACUGACUCCUUUAUUAUAAAUGAGUGCCCUGCAUUAUCUAUGGUGAUAUUUCUUAUUCUGAAAUAAACCUUUAUUUAUGUUAAGAUGGCAGCUCCUGCUUUCUUUUGAUUGGUGUUUACAUCAUGUAUCUUUUCCAUCCUUUUACUUUUAACUUAUCUGUGUUUUUAUAUUUAAAGUUGGUGUCUUAUAGACAGCAUAUAAUUGAGUCUUGACUUUUCUUAUCCAGUCUGACAUUUUCUGCCUUUUAACUGGAAUGUUUAGACCAUUUACACUUAAUGUGAUUGUGUAUAUGGUUGGAUUUAAACCUACCAUCUAAUGAUUUGUUUUCCUAUUUGUCUAAUUUCUUUGUUGUUUUGUUUUCCUGCCCUCUUGAAUUAAAUAAAUGUUUUCAAGUGCCCAUUUUAUCUCCAACAUGGGCUAAUUAGGAAUACCUUUUCUCUAGUGAUUGAUCCGGAGUUUGCACUAUACAUCUUCAGCUGAUGAAAGUGACCUCAAAUGAUGUUAUACCACUUCACAUACAGUGCAAAGCCAUACAGCAGUGUGCCUCCAUGUCCCCUUUUCUGUCUUUUGUGUCAUUGUCAUAAGUUUUUACUUCAUUAUCUUAUAAAUCUUUUAAUACAUUAUUUUCCUUGGAGAAGUUAAUUAUAUUUUAAAUUUUUUAAAAUUAAUUUAAAUUCUCUUAUAUUUACCCAUGUAUUUAUCAUUUCUUCAUGUUUCUCUAUUUCUCUAUUUUCAUUUUUUAUUUAUCUGUUUCCAACUGGUAUAAUUUCCUUCUGGGUAAAGAGUGCUGUUUAAUAUUUAUUGUUGUGCUGGUCUGCUGACCAUAAAUUCUCUCAACUUCUAUUUUGACUGAAAAUAAUUCAUUUUGCCUUCAUUUUUAAGAAGUUUUUUGUUGGGCAUUGUAUUCUACAUGGACAAUUUUCUUCCCUUAGUGCUUGAAAGAAAUAUCACCAUGUCUUAUGGCUUGCAUAGUUUCUAGUGAGAAAUUUAUUUAGAAAUUAAUCUAUCAUUUGUAUCUAAUGAAUCUUGUAUUCUCUGGCUGUUUGUGAGGUUUUCCAUAUUUCACCUUAGCAAUUUGAUUGUGAUAUACUUUGGUAUGGUUUUCUUUCUUUCUUUUUCUGCUUGUAGUUCCUUGAGAUCCUUGUAUCUGUGAACUUAAGUCAAAUUUUUAAUAUUUUGAGCAACUACUUCUUCAGAUACUUUUCUGCCCUUUGUAUGCUCCCUCCCCUCAGGGAUUCCAACGGCACGUAGGUCAGAUCGCUUCCUGUUACCCCAGUGAUCACUUUUUACUUAGGUCGCUUUUUUCCAUCAUUUUUCUCUGUGUAUCAUUUUGCAUUAUUGUUAUUGCUCUCUUAAAAGAUCCCAUCAGUCUUUUCUAAAAUAUUCUCUGCAGUAUUUAUCUCACCUGCUGUUAAUCCCAUUCAGUGUAUUUUUCUACUUCAGAUAACACUUUUUUCAUCUGUAGAAGUUCAGAAAUAGCUUCUAUUUCCCUCCCCAUCUAUUUACAUUUUCCUCUGCCUUUUUGAUAGUAUAGAUUAUACUCAUAACAGCUGCCAUAAUCUUCAUUUCUUGUAUUUCAAUUAUUUCAUUCCAGGGCCUAUUUAUAAUUAUUGGUUUUUCUCUCCGUCAUGGGACAUAUAUUCCUGCUUCUUUUCAUUCCUGGUAAUUUUUAAAACCUAUUUAUUUUAUAAUUUUACUCUUAAAGAAGUUUCAAAAGGGCACACAGAAUUCCAAUAUACUCUUUGUUCAACUGGUCAUGAUGUGAACGUCUUACUUAAUCCUAGUACCAUUGUGCAAACCAGGAAAUUCGCACUGAUUCCACACUAUCAACUUAUGACAGACUUCAUUUGACUAUCACCACCUGUGAAUAUCUGGGAGACUCUGAUAAAAGGUAGGAAUCAAAGUCCUCACCUCAAAAUAGAGCCUUAUGCUGGGACGGUUUACAGGUGAAGUCUGUCAAGGGACAGAUAAUUAUUUAUCUUAUAUGAAGUUUUCUGGGAAAUAAUAAUAGGGGGAAAAUGACCCAUUUGAUUUUAAGAGACUGGUGUAAGUUUGGUUCCAAAUCUGAAAAAGGGCAACAAAAGAAAGGAAAGUAUGGGCCCAUUUUCCUUAUAAACACAGACAGGACAAUUUGAAUAAAAUAGUAGCUGAAUGGAUCCAACAGUGUGUUUUAAAUACACAUUCAUCAGAGCCAAUAAAGUUAAAAAGACCAAUGAAUUUGAAUGUUGACAAAAAUGUAGGGUAGCCAACACGCUUAUAUAGUAUUGAUGGGGUAUUUGGGGGAAAGAUCUGGUAGUUUCUUAUAAAUCUAAACACAUAACUACCCUCUGACCCAGAAAUCCCAUUUCAAGGUGUUCACCCAAGAGAAAAGAAAAUGUCCACAAAACAACUUGCACAGUUGAGGGGUCUUCCUGGUGGGAUUGUCCUGCACCUCCAGCAGGGCUUGGGGUGUGUAAAUGGGAGCAUUUGGCAGUCAGUGUAUGCAAAUUUUACUUCAAAAUUUAAGAAAGGACCAGGCAGAAAUAUUUAACUCUAGUUACUGAUGUACAAACUGAACUGUUCAGGGGAAAGGGAGUAGAGGUUUGCAACUUUUACCUUGAAAUGCAUCUAAAAGAAACAAAAUGCACACCACAUAGUGAUUAUAGACAGUAGCACUAUAUUAUCUGCUUCAAAGUUGCUAAGAGACUAGAUUUUAAUUGCACCCACCACAGAAAAGAAAUGGUAAUUAUGUGGGGUUGAUGGAGGUGUUGCAACACAUUAAAUGUAUCAGAUCAACACAAAUGUCAUAAACUCCCAAAGGUUAUGGUGUUACAGCAUUAUAGCUCAGUAAAAAUAAGUUAAAUAAUAUUUUUAAAUAAAAAAGCAAAAUUGGUAGAUGGAAAAAGGGAUGGAUGAAUGGAUAGAUAUGUGAUAAAGCAUGUUUAGCAAAAUACUAAUGUAAGUGGUAUAAAAUAUUAGGAAAUUUUAUCAUUAAUAUGUUAAUCUAAAUGGUGGAUGUACAGGUGUUCACUGUGUAAUUCCACUUGUCUAUGUGUUUGAAAUUUUUUUGUAAUAAAAUGUUAGUAAAGAUA